AUGCUUGCUUUUAUAACCAUGUUUUUCUUUUCUUUGUUCUUUUGUCAUCCUUUUUCAUUUUUCUCUGUUCUUUUUUCCACGAUAUUUUCCUUUUCUUUUUCUUUCCUUUUCCAUUUUUUUCUUUUUCCUCUUUUCUUAAUAAUUUUUUUUAAUUGUUCUCUCUUUUUUCCCUUGCUUUUAUUUAUGGUUUUACUUCCAUUUUCUUUUAUUCUACUUUUCUUUCUGUAUCCUUUAUUUUCUUUACAUUUUUCUUUCAAUCUUUAUUUCUUCCUCAUCUUUGCAUCCAGAUUUAUUGGAAAUAUUUGGUUUCGUGCCCACAAUUUACACUCUUUCGUCACUUUUUUCUUUUUUUCCCUCUUUCGUUUUUCUUUCAGUCUCCAUCUAUCAUUUUAUUCUUUCGUUUUCUUUUUUUUUCUUUUUAUUCUUUCCUUCUUUCUAUUUUGUUUUGUUAUUCCCCAUUGUUUUUGGUAUUUGUCUUUCUAUUCUCCUUUAGUUUCUUCCUUCAACUUCGUGUUUUUCCCAUUUCUUUCUCUUUUUCUUUCCUUCCUUCAUUUAUUUUUUUUCUUUCGUUUCCGUCAUUACAUUUAUUUUGUUCCUUUACUUUCCCACGUUUUUUAA